UUUCCGCCGAACACACUCUCUCUCUAAAAUCUAUCUUCUUCCCAAUCUCGAAACACCGCAGGGACCUCGCCCAGGACUCGAAGCGCCAUCCCCAGGCGGAACCCUCGCCCGAUUCCAGUCCGAGCUCUCCGGGAAUGGAGCGGGAGGGCAAGGGGGUGAUGACGGUGUCCAAGCUGGCGCCCCAGCAGAACCCGAUCGAGCAGCUGCAGGCUCGCUUCAAGGAGGUCGAGGCCGGGUUCAAGGCCUGGCUGUCGAGGCAGCCCCUCGCCGUCGAAGCCGCCGUCGUCACCGCCACCAGCGGCCUCCAGGGCGCCGCCAUCGGCGCCUUCAUGGGGACCCUCACUGGCGACGUUUCCUCGUCCGUCGCGCCUCCGCCCCAGGCCAACCUCAACCCCGAGGCCAUGGCCUCGCUCAAGCAAGCUCAGGCUUUAGCAGGAGGUCCCUUGGUACAAGCUCGCAACUUUGCUGUCAUGACUGGUGUCAAUGCAGGCAUAUCUUGUGUCAUGAAGAGGCUGAGAGGGAAGGAGGAUGUUCAGUCCAGUAUGGCGGCAGCUUUUGGUUCUGGCGCCAUGUUUUCAUUGGUGAGUGGCAUGGGUGGCCCAAACCAGGCAGUAAAUGCUGUUUCUUCAGGACUCUUUUUUGCUCUUGUCCAGGGUGGACUAUUUAAGUUUGGGCAAAAGUUCUCCCAACCACCAGAGGAAGAUAUGCACUAUGUUAGAACAAGAAACAUGUUGACAAGGCUGGGUCUUCAGACAUAUGAGAAGAAUUUCAAGAAAGGCCUUUUGACAGACAACACUUUGCCUCUGCUUAACGAUAGUGCCCUUAGCGAUGUGAAAAUUCCUCCUGGACCGAGGCUACUCAUUCUCGACCACAUUCAGAGAGAUCCGGAGCUGAAAAGAACGAGAAAGCGAUAGAUGCAGUUGGUUUGGCGGCGUCAGAAAUUAUUUGCCAGUUUAGAAACACUUGUACGAGUGUAAUUUUGCCACUAACUUUGCUUUAAAAUGUCGGUCGGUUAAAUCAAAUUGCUGAUCAUCUUGAGAUGCAAAUGCCGAAUGCAAUUUAUUUCCAAUGAGUGCGAUGUUUUUGGCUC